GUUUCAGAUGGAGUUGAUGUCAAUUGCUGAUGAAAAUCGUCUCAAAUUUGCUCUCUAUCGUCAGAUUGCUUACGACAGACGCCAAGCAGCAUGCAUGAUCGACGCAAUAAUGGACCAGAUGCAGAAUUGUCACCUUACCGUCGACUAUAAAAUCCAACUUUCCCGGCGCGUCGUAGUGGCUCGUCGCAGGUGGUUCAGGGAGUUCUUUUUGGACCUUGAAUCAUACGCUCUAAUAGAUUUAAUGAGGCUGUCUUGCCGGAUCUACGCCUGGAGCAAGAAAUUGUCUGAUUUGUUCGUCACAAACGCACGAAUGAUUCGGGAUCGAAUGUCGCGAAUUCGAGAGCUCAAUUUCAAUCGUCGAAGUCUUCAAUGGUGUCUUUAAAUUGUUUAUUUUACAAUCUAGCAUACUUUGUUUAGUAUUUUCAAGUACAUUUGACUAUGCUGAACAGUUUUACAAAAGAAAAAAGAAGCACUUAAUAUGAUUUUUCAGUACUUUUGAAUUAAAAA